GUACCAACCAUCGACCACACAGGACCACACACCAGCGUGGAGCCGUGGAUUGGCGCUCUCUUUGUCCAGUAGAUCACUGACCCGGCGGCGGCGGCGGCUACCCGGCGCUCUCCGUUGUCCAUUCCGUCGCUCCCCGGUCCCCGCCAUCCCUGCUUUCCCCUUGAAUGCCCACCUCUGCUUCCAGCCUCCACAUCAAGCUCCAAUUCGUCCGCGGCUAAAGCCUCCGCGCCGGAAGUUCUGCGAUCGAGCGAGUUUCCGGGGCCCAUACCGAUGGCCCUGCUUCCCUCGGGCUCAGGCAGCACGCCGGUGAUCGCCGAGGUGGAGAUGAACGGCGGCGCCGACCAGAGCGCCACCACCGUACGAGCCACCGUCGUGCAGGCAUCCACAGUCUUCUACGACACCCCCGCCACUCUCGAUAAAGCAGAGAGACUGAUAGCAGAGGCUGCUGGAUAUGGUUCACAGUUGGUCGUGUUCCCAGAAGCUUUUGUUGGUGGUUAUCCUCGUGGAUCCACCUUUGGCUUUGGGAUCAAUAUUAGUAUGACUAAUCCAAAAGACAAGGGAAAGGGUGAAUUCCAGAAGUAUCAUGCAGCUGCCAUAGAUGUGCCUGCAAACAAGUUCUCAAGCUAUUUCAUUACUCUCAAGUGUCAACAUAUGGUUUGUGUCAACUACACCACACUAUGGAUCUUCUUACUGACAGAGCAGCAUGCAGGUCCAGAGGUGACAUGCUUAGCUGCUAUGGCUGGGAAAUAUAAGGUCUUUCUGGUAAUGGGGGUGAUUGAGCGAGAAGGUCACACACUGUAUUGUUCAGUGCUCUUCUUUGAUCCUCUAGGUCGGUACCUGGGUAAGCACCGCAAGAUGAUGCCGACGGCAUUAGAAAGGAUAAUAUGGGGAUUUGGAGAUGGAUCAACAAUUCCUGUUUAUGAUACUCCACUUGGAAAGAUCGGAGCCCUUAUUUGCUGGGAAAAUAAGAUGCCACUUUUAAGGACAGCACUGUAUGGUAAAGGUAUUGAGAUAUACUGCGCUCCCACGGCUGAUUCAAGGCCAGUGUGGCAAGCUUCCAUGACACAUAUCGCCCUGGAGGGGGGAUGCUUUGUGUUGUCGGCAAACCAGUUCUGCCGCAGAAAGGACUACCCUCCGCCGUCCGAGUACGCAUUUGCCGGUUUAGGAGAAGAGCCUUCUCCCGACACCGUUGUCUGCCCUGGAGGCAGCGUUAUCAUUUCGCCGUCAGGAGAAGUCCUGGCAGGUCCCAACUACGAUGGAGAGGCGCUCAUCACAGCCGACCUUGGUAAGGCACUAACCAGAUACUACAUGCUCUCAGUGCAUCCACCUUGUGCAUACGAUUUUGUACCCGGUUCACAGUUCGUCUUAGAAGAUUCUGAUGAAAUGCUCUUUUGUGCAGACAUGGGAGAGAUCGUUCGGGCCAAGUUUGCUUUUGACGUGGUGGGCCACUACGCUCGGCCUGAGGUGCUGAGCUUGGUAGUGGAUGACCAACCGCACCGGCCGGUGUCAUUCACCUGUGCUGCUGAGAAGACUCCGGCUGCCAAGAGCGACGGCACCGCAAAGCCCUGACGACCAUCAUCAGCUCAGUCACAAGCAGUUGUUUAUUAUCGAUAGUUUUCUUUUUGUGUGAAACGACUUCUAUCGAUAGCUUAAUAAGCCGAUGAAAUGUAAGCUCGGAUCGCCCGCAUGCCUGAUGCCCCUGUAAGUUACGCUGCUUGUAAAAUGCCUUCCGGAACAGUCAGCUGAUGCCCGUUCACCGUGUGAUGCAUCUGA